CGGGGCUUUGAGCAACCUGCUCUAGUUGCAGACGUCCCUGUACCGGGGUUGGACUGGAUGACCUCUGAAGGUUCCUUUUCCCCCGGGGCUGACAGCAGCCUGCCGAGCAGGGACACCAGAAGCAGCCCCGCUGCCAAGACCGAGCCGAGCCCUUUUUCCUGCCUCACCACUGCUGCACUCACCCUCAACCCCCACUGCCCCCGUUCCCUCCGGGCUCCCGCUGGCUCCCGGGGCGGAGCGCGGCCUGUUCCGGGCGGAGCUGACACUCUGCCGUCCUUGCCGCCAUGGCCGCUGCCUCGCCGGCUCCGCAGCCCCCCGCGGCCGCCCGCCGCCUCUGCUCGCGGCUGCCCCUGGUCGAGCCGUUCCUCUUCCUGGCCACCGUGUCCCUCAGCCUGCAGGGUCCGCUGGCCACGCAGUACCUCUGGGACCGGCUCGGCGCCGAUCACGGCUACCACGGCGACAACGCCAGCAGCUCCUCCGGCUGCGGAAACAGCAGCGCCGGCAACGACCCUCUGCGGCGGGAGGUGGAAGUUCUGGUCUCCCGCUGGAACCUCUACAUCAACCUGGGAGGUUUCUUUGUUGGCAUCUUCUCUGUGACGCUCUUUGGGCCAUGGAGCGACAGCGUGGGCCGCCGCCCGGCACUCGUGCUGUCGGCAAUGGGUAUGGCUUUGCAAGCGGCCGUCUACCUCCUGGUCAUGUACCUGCAGCUGCACGUCGCCUACUUUCUCCUGGGGCGCCUUUUGAGUAGCGUCUUGGGAGACUACAACCUGAUCCUGGCCGGCUGCUUUGCUUAUGUGGCUGACACCAGCGAUAAAGGCUCCCGCACGUUCCGUGUGGCCAUCCUCGAGGCGUGCCUCGGCAUCGCGGGCAUGCUGGCCAGCAUCGGCGGUGGCUACUGGCGCAGGGCACACGGCUACAUCAACCCCUUUUGGAUGGUGUUUGCUGCCAGUCUUGCUGCCACUCUCUAUGCUGCUUUCUGUCUCCAGGAGUCGGUGAAGCAGAAGAAGCCGGCCAGGCUGUUCACGCUCAGUCACUACAAGGCUGUCUACAGGCUCUACACGGCCCCAGAACACCGAAGCUCCAGGAUGCAGCUCAUUCUUUACUCCCUGUCUUUCUUUGUCAUUGUCACUGCACAUUUUGGAGCCAAGGACCUCUUUGUUUUGUAUGAGCUUGGCUACCCUCUCUGCUGGACCUCUGACCUCAUUGGGUAUGGCUCAGCUGCCAACUACCUGACUUACCUGAGCAGCCUGGGAGGUCUGCGGCUGCUACAGCUCUGCCUUAAAGACAGUUGGGUAGCAGAGAUAGCAUUGAUAUCCAAUAUUGCUGGACUGGUUGUGAUUUCUCUUGCUACUACAACUCCACUGAUGUUUACAGGUUAUGGGAUCCUGUUUCUUUCCAUGGCAGCCACUCCAGUCAUCAGAUCCAGGCUCUCCAAGCUGGUCAAUGAGACAGAACAGGGUGCUCUCUUUGCUUCUGUUGCCUGUGUACAAGGGCUGAGUUCACUUGUGGCUUCCGGAGUCUUCAAUUCUCUCUACUCUGCCACUCUGCACUUCAUGAGGGGAUUCCCAUUUCUCUUUGCAGCUAUGAUUCUUCUUAUUCCAGCAGCUAUCAUAGGGUCCAUAGAAAUCUGGGGCUCAAAAGAUGACUACAGUCACUUCUCACCUACAUCCCCCACAGAUGGCUGAGCAGCAGCUUGGCAGUGUCCAUCUGAAGACUUCUUUUUCUUCUUCCCUUGAAGGACAGAAUGACUGGUGUGGGAUGGAUGCCUUGCUUGUCCUUACUGAUUUUGAAAUGAUGAAUAGUUGGAAAUCAUGGGCCUGACUGCCCCUAGGAACUCAAUUUGCAGAUGUGAAUGUUGGCUCAUCUGCUGGAGAAAACCCAAGAGACCCAAUCAGGAGUAAAAGAUGUGGCCAUUUGCAAGGUUGAUUAGUGGUUUGGGGUUUGGUGGGAAGAGAAAGUUUUGUGCCAUGCUUUUAGUGUGAGAGAGGAGUGAAUUCUGCUUUGUGUGAAAUCCCGGCUGUGCUUACAGCAGAGACAUAAGCUAGAUGCCCUAGGUGAUCCUGCUUUGGCAGGGGGGUUGGACCUGAUGAUUUCUGGAGGUCCCUUCCAACCCAUAACGUUCUGUGAUUCCUUACCUACAGUGCUGUGGGGAUGAGCUGGUGUGGAGUUGUCUUCAGAGAGAAAAUUAUACCUCAAAAUUGCGUGUGAGUGACCUCACUUCUGCUGCCCCUCUCGGGAUGUGUUGAUGCCAGCAGGCAAACCCUGUGUUCAUGGUGCUCAUACUCAGCCUUACCUGUAUUGCCUCCAUCCUCUUUUCUUCAGGGUGCCAUAAAUCAGCAGUUCUGGGUACGAUGCAUUGCACAGGGCUGUUUAGAUGGAUGCAAUCAUGUCCUUAAUGGUGUAAUUGCUUAGCAGACCUGUUAACUUUCAGGAUGAAUAAACCCUCUGUUCCCUUUUAUGGUUCAUAAAAAGAUAGCUUUUCUUGUACAGAUGUUGAUGUUGUUUGUCCUUGCCUCAUUCCAUGUUUCUCUCCAUUAUUUGUAUGCUUCUUCCUCCAUUGAAGGCUCUGCAGUAGAGAAGCAGCAGCAGGAAGUUGUCUGCCUUGUGGUGA